GGAGACUGAAGAGAGGCUCCUUUAACCAUCAAACCUCCAUCAUGAACAACUUUGACACUUUGAUCUGCUUCUUCUUUUUCUCACUGGGAGGCAGAAACACUGGUCUCAUCAAUGCAGAGAUUCUCGUCCAUACAGGAGAGGAAGGAGGAAACAUCACAGUUGGAUGCUUUUUCACUUUCUCUGGAAAAACAAAGUUCUUCUGUAAGGAACCGUGUGAACAAGGAGACAUUCUCAUUAAAACCGAAGAGGACACAGCUGAGAGCGGCAGAUACAGCAUUAAAUAUAAAGAAGUUGGCUCUAAAGUGAUUUAUGUGACCAUCACUAAGCUGAUUAAGUCUGAUGCAGGAAAGUACAGAUGUGGUUUGGAUAGAUCUUUCUUACCAUCAUCAUCCAGUGAGAUUGAGAUCACAGUUGAAGAAGCUCGGAUCUCUUCACAACCAACAGUGACUGUCCAACCUUCUCCAGCAUCAGUCCCAUCAGCCUCCACAGAGACUACGACACAGAGUGUGAGCUCCAGCACAGGAAGCUGCACUCCUCCAUCAGCCCCACCUGAAGGUACCAAGACGACCCAGAAGACACAGACAACUAAGGGCGGUCUGCUGUAUGUGGGUCUGUCUCUGGCCGUCAUCAUUGUUGUGUUAUUAGCAGCUGCACUGAUACUCUGCAGGAAGAGGGCCAGUAAACCCAAAGAUCAUCCUGUGGAUACGAUUUACCCGAAUCACACAGAGGACAACCGCGUGUACGAGGAGAUCAGAGAGGAGGACAGACGCAGCUCUUCUGCUCCUGUAGACAUUUCAUCACUUUACACUUCUGUAAAAUACAACACACAAAAUGAGGUCGAAACCACAGACGUAUACAGCUUGGCAACUGCAGCCACUUCUCACGAGACGGGGGACUCUGCCUCUUGUGGUGAGAGAGACAACGUGAUCUACUCUUCCUCCAGCUGAAGUGGCGCCGCGCUGAAGACUCCUCACGUCCUCCGUACGUUGUUCUCCACAUCAGCAGCAGCAGAAGAAGAGGCCGCCGACGCCCCGUUCUGCAUCAACAGGGGAGCACGAAGGCUUUGAACCAGCAACCAGCAGGCCACCAUCCGUUUUUAUCAAGUCAGAGGCCUUAACACGUUAUUUUGAGAACUUUUAUAGUAGUUUUACAGUUAUAAAUGUGACACCUAGGAGCCAAGUAGCUGCUGGAAUGAAAAGAUAAUCUAUAUUGUGAUCGCAGCCAAAGGCUGUAUUGGUUCUUGUAUUGUCUGCUCUGCUUUUUUAAGAUUAUAAUUGGUUUUGUUGAGGUUGUUUAUAUAACAUGAGCACAAUAGUGAGGGGAAAUAUAGUAUGUAGCAUAUUUUGAUACUUUAAACUAUAGUAAUAUAUUAUCAUCCCAAUGAGACUAAAAUAGUUUAUAAUAGACUCCAUGCUCAGGAGAAAUUGGGAAAACUCAAAAUAUAUUUUCUUGACAAAAAUAAAACAAAUGUU